CAAACAAAAAGAUCAUUUUGUUAAAUUGAUCAUUGCUCCUCAUCUUUUACAUUGAAAUGCCAUUGUAAACAGCAUGAACACAAAUAGCCCCCUCGACAUGCCUGAGAUCCGGCUCCUUGUGGGUUUAUGUCUGACGCGAAAAGAUCUAUUGCAGUGUAUGGUUGUUUGCAAAGCCUGGCAGAAGUCCUUCACCCCUUUGCUUUGGCGAAAUAUGUCCAUUUACACUUCACGAUCCAUGUCACGUUCUCGCUCAUCAGAGCUACCAAUAAACUUCCGUUCUCUCUUUCAAGCCAAUGCACACAAUACAAGGUCACUGAUCUUUGACGGAGGGCCAUUGACCCAGUACGAUAUUUCAGUCAGCAUCUAUUGCACAAGAUUAGAGUACUUAUCCCUUCCUGGGACUGAAUCACAUAGAACUAUCCAUGAAAAUCAACCCAUUAAUUGGGACUUACUACCGUCGGAAGGCGAUGCCUCUGACGAGGAUAGUGUACAGAGCGACAGCGGUAGUAAUAACAUCCAGCUGGAAGAUAGUUAUCACCGGAACAACGACGAUGAGGACGAUGUGAAAGCCGAAAGAGAAUAUGCAGAUGAUGAUAGCCUCGACGCAUGGAGCCGACUCGCUUUAUUUGUUCGUCGAAACCGACAUACAUUGAGAGCUCUUGACGUCAAUCUUGGAUUCUCGAAACCAGCCAAUAUACCAUCCAGGGCAUUCUGGGAAGCUGUUGUGGAUUGUUUUCCCCCGCAGUCCCAUCUAUUCGGCCCUUCUUCUGCACGACUGACAAGUCUGAGUAUAGUUGGGCGAGAAAUCGGCCUAGCUAAUUUGAUGCUUCUCUGGAGAUCAGCAGGUCCUCAUCUAAAGAGAGUAAGGCUUUCAGAUUUACUCAUUGACCAUCCAUUCUUAUCAUCAAUGAAGACACAGACAGAGGUAGAGAGAAGGAUAGGAGGAAUUGUCGAUCAAGGAUCGUUUGAACCAUCGUUGAGACUUGAGGAUUUAGUGUUGGAGAAUAUUCGGGGGAUGACACCUAUGACUCAAUUCAAGGUGUUUAUUGCACAGAGUUUUGGACUUUUGUCACUACAAUGGAAUAUCCACCAAAGCUAUCGCAACACGCGGGUUGAAGACGCCAUAACGGAAUAUAUUGGCUUGCAAGGUCAUCGUUGUCAUUGUCAAAAGCAAGGAGGAGGACGCAAUGGCCAUGACCAUGACCAGAAUCAGCGUCAUUGGCCAGGACUUGAGUCUAUUUCUAUCACCUGUAAUCGAGGCAAGGGUAGAGUCAUUCCAGAAGAGUUUUUAACAGAACUAUUAAAACGGGCUGGGACAAAGUUGAAGCUAGUUCGGUUACGGAGCCUUAGUUUACAAGAACAAUCAGUGAGUGCACUGGGAAGGUAUUUUUCUCAAAUCCAAACGUUAGAUCUGGGUCUAUGCUCAGACAUUACAGGAAAGAUGGUUCAACAAAUGCUGAUGUCUUGUCCAAUGUUGGAGCAUUUGACAGCCAACUGUAUACACGUGUCAGACAUUGAGGAAGGCGCAAGUGUAGGGCCUUGGGUUUGUUUGGGACUACAAACGUGGAAAGUUUUUAUAGACGUGACCCGGGCAGGUGCACCAAAAGAACGAGGAUCACGGUACAGUCUUUUAGACUCACAAUCAGACUCUGAGGUAUUGGGCUUGGACUCGGGCUCGACUACGAAAUGUGAUGGUAGGGAAGACCAACGGCUUUCACGUUUAAUAUUUGAACAUCUAUCAAAGCUGACUCGCUUAAGACACCUUGAUUUGGGCCGGAACUAUCAUAUUCAGAGAACAGGGAGUAAGCAGGGGGGAAGGAUUGAAUGGCUUUUGGAAUCGGGACUAGGGCAGCUGGAAAGAUUACAGGAACUGAGAAGUAUAGAUUUCAUGACUGGGUCAGGGAUGAGGAUAUCCAAGGAUGCGAUCAUGUGGAUGGUCCAGAGUUGGCCGAAGCUUGAAAGUCUUUGUGGAAAUUCUGCAACAGGCUACUAUAUGAGCUCGGUGGUGGGGGGGAAGUUAAAGCAUAGGUUCAUGACUAAUAGUUAGGUGAAGGAAAAAGUAAAAGUGUAUUACUUUAUUAUUUUAUUUUUAUUUUAUUUUUAUAAAUGUCGGCGAC